GCCAGACCCCCAGCCUCACCACACUGCAAACUCCUCCGCUCCCUGCACAGUCUGAACACCAGGAAUAGUCGUGUCCAGACCGGGGGGUGCGGUGGGCAGAGGGGGAAACGCAUGGUCAUCUGUGGGAUCUUCUACAGAGCGGCGAGCAGACGAUUCUGAUACCACCGCCUGACUGAUACCACCGCCUGACUGGGCAUACACCGCACCUGGGAUACCACCGCCUGACUGGGCAAACACCGCACCUGGGAUACCACCGCCUGACUGAUACCACCGCCUGACUGAUACCACCGCCUGACUGGGCAUACACCGCACCUGGGAUACCACCGUCGGACAGAUACCACCGCCUAACUGGGCAUACACCACACCUGGGAUACCACCGUCGGACAGAUACCACCGCCUAACUGGGCAUACACCACACCUGGGAUACCACCGCCUGACUGGGCAUACACCGCACCUGGGAUACCACCGUCUGACUGGGCAUACACCGCACCUGUGAUACCACCGCCUGACUGGGCAUACACCGCACCUGGGAUACCACCGUCUGACAGAUACCACCGCCUAACUGGGCAUACACCGCACCUGGGAUACCACCACCUGACUGGGCAAACACCGCACCCGGGAUACCACCGCCUGACUGGGCAAACACCGCACCUGGAAUACCCCCACCUGACAGAAACCACUGCCUGACUGGGCAAACACCGCACCUGGGAUACCCCCACCUGACAGAUACCACUGCCUGACUGGGCAAACACCGCACCUGGAAUACCCCCACCUGACAGAAACCACUGCCUGACUGGGCAAACACCGCACCUGGGAUACCCCCACCUUACAGAUACCACUGCCUGACUGGGCAUACACCGCACCUGGAAUACCCCCACCUUACAGAUACCACUGCCUGACUGGGCAAACACCGCACCUGGGAUACCCCCACCUGGCAGAUACCACUGCCUGACUGGGCAUACACCCCAGGAAAUACAACCACCUGAUCAUCAGAUUUUUGUGCACUUGUCUAGUGGCAGCUUCCACUGUGGGCACCAUGCUGGGCACCUGGGCACUGUCCCUGCUGCUCCUUACCCUCAUGGGCCGAUCCCUGACUUCCCCGGUCAGCACCUGUGAGGCCAAUGGCAGCGUCUACUAUGUUGGAGAAUGGUACUUCCUGGACUCGGAUCACUGCACCCAGUGUGAGUGCACCCCCGAGGGCCCGGCCUGUGCCAAGACCGAGUGCACUGCUCUGCCACCCGCCUGCAUCCACAUCAGCAACUACCCCACCGACUGCUGCCCCCGCUGUGAGAAGAUCGGCUGCGAAUACAGAGGAGAGACGUAUGAACUGGGGGAGAACUUCAAGCCUUCAGCUUGUGAACAAUGCACUUGUGAAACAGAUGGCAUCGCCCGCUGCCUGGUCGCUGACUGUGCUCCCCCAUCUUGUGUGAACCCAGUGUAUGAGAAGGGACAGUGCUGCCCCCAAUGUAAAGAUGGUCCCAACUGCUAUGCUGACGCCUCCCGGAGCCGCGUAAUUCCCGCUGGUCAGUACGUGUGGGUGGACUCUUGUACCAAGUGUCGCUGUCAUGAUGGGCAGGAUGUCGGCUACUGGGAAGGAAACCGGCUGGCCAAUUGUGAGAAGAUGCAAAACUGCAGCACAGAGGAGGGGCAGAACUCUUAGAGGGUGGGGCAGAACUCCUAGAGGGUGGAGCACUCAGUACAGACCCUGCCCAGACUGCCCCUCCCCUGAUUAGUUAUACUAACAUUUGAGUGUAGCACUGUAUAAACAUGGUGGUUUGUACUUACUUUACAGAUUUGGUGAUGUGUAGAACUGCGGCCAAACACUUUAUACCCCCCCCCCCCCCCCAAAUGUGGAGUCAAGGUGUCAGCAGCUAUAAUCUGUGGGGGGUGGGGCUGACACUUUUUGGGUGGUGACCUGUAUAGGGCAGUUAUAGACUCCUUAUGGGUGGUGACCUGUAUAGGGCAGUUAUAGACUCCUUAUGGGUGGUGACCUGUAUAGGGCAGUUAUAGACUCCUUAUGGGUGGUGACCUGUAUAGGGCAGUUAUAGACUCCUUAUGGGUGGUGACCUGUAUAGGGCAGGGGUGGGACUAAUGCUUUUUGGGUGAUAACCUGCUCAGAGCAAGGACAGAGCUAUAGACUUCUUAUGGGUGGUGACCUCUUUAGAUCAGGGGCAGGGCUAUGGGCUUUUAAUGGGUGGUGGCCUGUUCAGGGGUGGGGAACAGUAGAAACUAUGUUACCAUUAAAUACAAUGUUAUAAUGUAGGAUAGGCCUGACUGACGAUGCCAGGACAUCUGUGAUUGGUUCCGUAGGAUCUCGGCCCUGGAUAUAUAUAUAUCGGCUCCCCUGUUUGGUAUAUAUUGGGAUUCUGAGAGCAGACUGUAGAUACCUCCCCCAGGUCUUGGUGGAAGCCCCCUUUACUAAUGGAGGACAUGACGCCUUGUGUUAUGAUUAGACUAACAUUGACCUCGUGUUCUGACAGCGCAGGCGAUGGCGCUGGAAGCAGAACACGUCAGGAUGACAUUAAACGUUUCUUCCGUU